UCACAGUUGGUUCAAUAAACAGGAUACUGUGGUCUGGGCAACUUUGAAAGGAGAUCGCAAGCAUACUAGAUCGACCAGGAACGAGAUCUCUGAGCACUACCAGCAGGAUGGUUGAAGCGCACCAUCACAGGCCGACUCUCAAACAGCAAAAUAAACCCUACAAGUCCAAGCAUGCAACGAAGUCUGCGCUGAAGGAAGCAUCCAAAGGCCGUAUCUCCCGCCAAUCACCAAAGGCAUCCAAUGGACAGAACACGGCGUCCCAAACGCGACUCAACCGUCGCAACAACGCAAAGCAAAUCCAGGUGAAGAAGCGCCAGGCCAUUGUCUCUGCCACACGAUUGUUCAGUGGGCCGGACGGUGUGCCCAGGAUCAUCGCAGUGAUUCCCCUCGCUGAAGACGUAAGCGCGCGUCAUGUAUCGAGCGCUCUAGCCACCGGGCUUGAAUCCGAAACGGACGGCUGCCCCGAGACCGGGUUAUGGAAAAUCAGAGCUGAAAGGUUCAAAACAUCUCUCCAAUUUAUCAACCUUCCAUACCGUUCCCUCUACGCUGCCCUCGAUGCGGCCAAGGUUGCCGACUAUGUAGUCUUUGUGCUCUCGCCGGUCACGGAGGUAGACGCUUGGGGAGAUACCCUGCUCCGCACUCUUCAAUCCCAGGGCAUGCCUGAAGUCGUCUCAGUCGUCGCACCACAUCCUUCCUCCUCGAACUCAGGAAACUUCGACGUCGACUCUAAAGCACGUCCUGGCAUACUGAAGUCUCUUCUGAGCUUCAUGCAAUAUUUCGUUCCUAGUCAAAACCGGGUAUUCGAUCUCAGCCAGAAUCGAGACGUCUUGAAUGCCGUGAGGGCGGUGUGCGAGGGCAAGCCUGGUGAAGCGAGGUGGCGAGACGGCCGAUGCUAUCUCAUGGGUGAGCAGGUGAAUUGGGUGCCAAACGAAGCCGAAUCCGGUGUUCUCAGCGUUACGGGCGUGCUAAGGGGAGGACCGUUGAGUGCAAACCGUCUGGUGCAUAUACCCAACUACGGUGAUUUCCAGAUACAAAAGAUCCUGUCGUCUCCUGCGCCGAAGGCAUCAAAGAUUGGUGCCCAAGGGAUGGAGGUUGAACCAACUUUACUCGCAGAACCAGAUGUUUCGUCCGCCGACUCACUCAUAUCGGAGAACGACCCAGAUGAUAUGGCAAACGAACAGACUUGGCCCACAGAGGAGGAAAUGCAAGGCAAUGUAGUCGGUAACGGAUUGACUUUCGGCGACGAAUGCGUUCCCGAUGCGCUAGGGGGUACGACUCCGAAGCGGGUCAAGAAGGUUCCGAAGGGAUGGAGCUCCUAUCAAGCCGCUUGGAUUGUGGACGACGAUGAUGAUGAUGAAGGAGUCGAAGAAGGCGAAGAGGAGGAAGGCGAGAACGCCGGCGACAUGCAAAUGGAGGAUGAGGAGAUGGUUGAGCUACGGGAUGACGACACCGCCGCUCACGAACAAGAGAUGGAUCUGGAGAGUCGCAAGAGCGUACAAUUCCAGGAUCUUGACAUGGACGAGGAAAAAGAACAGUUAGACACUUGGCGCAAGCGCCAACGCGAAGAAGCCGAUGACCUACAAUUUCCGGAUGAGAUUGACACUCCUAUGGAGGUCCCGGCGCGUACCCGCUUUCAACGGUAUCGCGGCUUGCGUUCCUUCCGCACAAGUCCUUGGGACCCUUACGAGAAUCUCCCGAGAGACUACGCAAGGAUAUUCCAAUUUGAGGACUUCAAGCGCACAGAGCGAAACGUGCUGCGAAGGGCGAGAGAAGACGAUGGCGCAGUUGAACCCGGCACGCGCGUUACGGUGUAUCUCAAAGAUGUUCCGAAGGAGGCGGCUACGCCUUCGUCAUCAUCACCGUUCGUUGUGUUUGGGCUGCUCCAGCACGAACACAAAAAAACGGUGCUCAACUUCACGGUUCAACGAAAUACCGAAUACGACGGUUCCGUCCGCUCGAAAGAUCAACUCAUUCUCUGCGUUGGUCCUCGACGGUUGAUAGUCAAUCCGGUAUACAGUCAACAUACCCGCGGAGGCGCUAAAGGGUCCAAUAAUGUGCACAAGUUUGAGCGUUAUCUCAGACACGGCGUCACCAGCAUUGCGACCGUGUACGGACCCGCUGUAUUUGGCAAGCAACCGUGUAUGCUCCUACGGGAGACUGCAGAUCCUCAAGCUCCGGAAUUGGUCGCAUCGGGCGCGUUCGUGAACCCAGACCCAACGCGCAUCAUUGCUAAGAGGAUCAUCUUGACUGGGCAUCCGUUCAAGGUGCACAAAAAAACGGCGACAGUGAGAUACAUGUUCUUCAACGCGGACGAUGUCAACUACUUCGCGCCAGUGCAGUUGCAUACGAAGUACGGUCGGACAGGCCACAUUCGCGAGUCACUGGGCACGCAUGGGUACUUCAAGGCAUACUUCGACGGCCCAAUCAACCAGAUGGAUACCGUGUGUAUGAGCCUAUACAAGCGAGUAUAUCCCAGAUGGAGCCAGUUAUGGAGGGAGAAGCGCAUGGAUAGUCAGACUCAACCGGAAUCUGCAGAUGUCGUAGAUGACGCCAUGGAGGAGUGAUCAAAUACUUGAAAUGUACAACAUGGGUAUCUAGUGGGUUCGUCGUGUAUCAGGUAUAUUUGCUGUGACAAGGAUCACUGCCUUUUCCUCCCCUUCGCCCGCUUCUUACGCUUGAUGGUUCUCCAUGCUAGGAUGCUGAUGGCAGAUAAGAGCGCUACGGGCGGCACGAACCAACUGAGGCGCCAUGACCACCCAGCUUCUCUGUCUAACUUCGCAAGGAGAGUCUCAAACUGGUCCUUGAGAUCCUGGAUAGAACCAGAGUUGUCGAGCACGUAAUCGGCGUAUUCCACUUUCUGCGAUAUCGGCAGUUGGGCAUUCAGACGAGCUGAUGCUGCUUCAUGCGUGGAACCGUCCCUUUUCAUGAGUCGCUGGAGCUGAAUCUCUGCAGAACAAUAUACCACAACAACCUUUGCCACGAGUUUAUGCAAUCCUCCUUCUAUCAGUAACGGGACAUCAAGAAUGCAGAGCUUCUCGCCUCUCCACCAGUGUCCGAGCACCUGCCUGGCCAUGGCCUUUCUCACGGCCGGAUGCACGAUGGCGUUCAACCGCUUUCGCUGCUUCUCGUCGCUAAACACUAUUGAUCCUAGCUUUGGGCGAUCCAGGGUUCCAUCCGGGAGUAGCACAUCUUGUCCGAAGGCCUGGACGAUCUGUCGGAGAGCUGGAGUGCCUGGUUGCACGACUUCGCGCGCGAUAACAUCCGCGUCGACGACGGGGACGCUGUGAGAUUUGAAUAACGCGGAUACGGUCGACUUUCCGGUUGCGAUCCCGCCAGUCAAGCCAACGACUAGCAUAUUUCAAAGUUCGACGCAAUCACUUGCUCGAGUGUGAAAGCGAACGAAAUCGCGAUUGAGAGCACGCAAGCAACGUUCUCCCGUCGCAAAGGACCGUUGUUUU